AUGACACCUGCUCUUCAGAAGGGCUAUAGGACGGUGCUUACCCACCGAACCCUGUGGGACCUGGGGCAAGCCGUAACCCAUAGUGGUUACACCCAGGAGCUCCAUGCCAGGCUCUGGAGGCUAAAUGUGGACCUGAUUUAUCAGCGAUGCUGGUUAGUAUUCAAGAAAGCCUCCAGCAAGGGCCCAAAGAGGCUGGAGAAAUUUUCCGACGAGCGCGCUGCGUAUUUUAGGUGUUAUCAUAAGGUGACGGAACUCAACAACGUGAAGAGUGUGGCCCGGUUGCCCAAGAGCACCAAAAAGCAUGCCAUCGGGAUCUACUUCAGUGACGAGACCUCCAAGACCUUUGCCUGUGACUCAGAUCUCGAGGCUGAUGAGUGGUGCAAAGUGCUCCAGGUGGAGUGCGUAGGGACUCGGAUCAAUGACAUCAGCCUCGGAGAGCCCGACUUACUGGCUACGGGGGUUGAGAGAGAACAGAGUGAGAGAUUCAAUGUGUAUUUGAUGCCAUCUCCUAACUUAGAUGUCCAUGGCGAAUGUGCCUUGCAGAUUACAUAUGAGCACAUCUGCCUUUGGGACGUCCAGAAUCCCAGAGUCAAACUCAUCUCUUGGCCGCUAAGCGCCCUGCGGCGGUACGGACGAGAUGCUGCUUGGUUCACUUUUGAGGCCGGGAGGAUGUGUGAGACCGGCGAGGGGCUGUUUAUCUUUCAGACGCGAGACGGGGAGGCCAUCUACCAGAAGGUGCACUCGGCCGCCCUGGCCAUCGCGGAGCAGCACGAGCGCUUGCUGCAGAGCGUGAAGAACUCCAUGGUACGUCCGGGCGCCCCCGGCCUGGCGGGCACCGCUGCCAGCUGCAGCCCUGGGAUCGUGGCGCUGGAGGCCACGGCCAGCGUUAUGUGAGCAGGGGUUGACUCUUGUCCGCAACUAUGCAUUCCUUGGAUUAAAUGUCAUCCUGGGGUGGCCCGAGGUGGCCUGUGGCUAACACAGUACCCUCCUUAUCUGCGCCAUGCCUCAGUUACUCUGUGUGUGCCUGAAUCAGUCUGAGCUCCCGUAACCAGCACCACGGACGAGAUAGCUUACAAACAGCAGGCGUUUGUUUAUUUCUCCCUGGGAGGCUGGAAGUCCCAGAUCCAGGAGCUCUCAGAGUCACU